GAGGCGGCUGGACACUGGCGGGAACCGGAGGAGCCCAGGCACGGCGCAGGGGCUGCGGGCGGGAGGAGCCCCAGGCGGAGCUGUGGAGGGCGCCCGGGAGGAAGGACGGUUCGGUUGCUAGGCAACGGGCCUGGACCCGCCUCCCGCUCGCGUUGCUAGGAGACGACGAGGGCGGCGGAGCGGGCCCUACGUGCUGACGCUAAUUGUAUAUGAGCGCGAGCGGCGGGCUCUCGGGUCUUUUUUAGCGCCAUCUGCUCGCGGCGCCGCCUCUCGCUCCUCCCGCCGCCGCUGCCGCCCUGAGUCACUGCCUGCGCAGCUCCGGCCGCCUGGCUCCCCGUGCUUGCCGCCGAUAUUUGGAGUUCUGACAGCAUGGCAGACAUUGACAACAAAGAACAGUCUGAACUUGAUCAAGAUUUGGAUGAUGUUGAAGAAGUAGAAGAAGAAGAAACUGGUGAAGAAACAAAAAUCAAAGCGCGUCAGCUGACUGUUCAGAUGAUGCAAAAUCCUCAGAUUCUUGCAGCCCUUCAAGAAAGACUUGAUGGUCUGGUAGAAACACCAACAGGAUACAUUGAAAGCUUGCCUAGGGUAGUUAAAAGACGAGUGAAUGCUCUCAAAAACCUUCAAGUUAAAUGUGCACAGAUAGAAGCCAAAUUCUAUGAGGAAGUUCAUGAUCUUGAAAGGAAGUAUGCUGUUCUCUAUCAGCCUCUAUUUGAUAAGCGAUUUGAGAUUAUUAAUGCAAUUUAUGAACCUACGGAAGAAGAAUGUGAAUGGAAACCAGAUGAAGAAGAUGAAAUUUCGGAGGAGCUGAAAGAAAAGGCCAAGGUUGAAGAUGAGAAAAAAGAUGAAGAAAAAGAAGACCCCAAAGGAAUUCCUGAAUUUUGGUUGACUGUUUUUAAGAAUGUUGACUUACUCAGUGAUAUGGUUCAGGAACAUGACGAACCUAUUCUGAAGCACUUGAAAGACAUUAAAGUGAAGUUCUCAGAUGCUGGCCAGCCUAUGAGUUUUGUCUUAGAAUUUCACUUUGAACCCAAUGAAUAUUUCACAAACGAAGUGUUGACAAAGACAUACAGGAUGAGGUCAGAACCAGAUGAUUCUGAUCCUUUUUCUUUUGAUGGACCAGAAAUUAUGGGGUGUACAGGGUGCCAGAUAGAUUGGAAAAAAGGAAAGAAUGUCACUUUGAAAACCAUUAAGAAGAAGCAGAAACACAAGGGACGUGGGACAGUUCGUACUGUGACUAAAACAGUUUCCAAUGACUCUUUCUUUAAUUUUUUUGCCCCUCCUGAAGUUCCUGAGAGUGGAGAUCUGGAUGAUGAUGCUGAGGCUAUCUUGGCUGCAGACUUUGAAAUUGGUCACUUUUUACGCGAGCGUAUAAUCCCAAGAUCAGUGUUAUACUUUACUGGAGAAGCUAUUGAAGAUGAUGACGAUGAUUAUGAUGAAGAAGGUGAAGAAGCGGAUGAGGAAGGGGAAGAAGAAGGAGAUGAGGAAAAUGAUCCAGACUAUGACCCGAAGAAGGAUCAAAACCCAGCAGAGUGCAAGCAGCAGUGAAGCAGGAUGUAUGUGGCCUUGAGGAUAACCUGCACUGUAAUAGCCUAACACAACUAUUAUUUACUUACAGCCUUAUGUUUUUGUAUUUUCUUGGUAGACUCAGUAAUUUUUUUUAAAGGACAGGAACUGAUAUUUUAAAGACCAAUUUGUUCUACCUAGCAUUUUAACUAUAGUUUUUUGCUAGAUCUGUUGAAUGCACAAAUUCUCAUGCAUGUUCAUUCAUUGCUUCAUAAUUUGGUUCUUCUGGAAUAUUUUCAUCAUGUAGCCAUUGGAGUACAGCUAUGAAAAUUAACAUCUGUUAAACGAAACACAUUUUUUUUCCUGAUCCCCCCCACCCCCCCGAAGAACCAAAGUAUUUUUUUAGCUGGUUGUUGAAUGGGGUUAAGUCCAUUUGCAUUAGCUGUGCCUUUCAUUACUUUGUUACAGAAAUGCAGUGACUUAAACUAAGACAAUUCAUCAUGUUAAAAAAAAAAAUUGGUGAGACAACUAUAUGGUUAAGAAUUUCCAGUAAGACCUCACCUGAUAACUGUGAGAUUGUUAAUGGAUUUUUGUGUUUUAGGUAACAUAGUUAACUAUAAAGAAACUUAACUCAUGAUACACAGGGAGGUGACUAAAACCUAGGAUUUUCAGAAGUUAGUCUAUUAUUUAUAACUGUACUUUUAAACUUAACCUCCAUUAACUGAGCAUCUUUGUGGUAGGGUCUAUCUUCUUCCCUGGAAGGGUUGAAUUUACAUCAUUUGACAAGCCUAUUUUAAGUCUUUUGUUGUUGUUUGUUUGCUUGUUUUUUGUUUUUGCAGCCUAAAAUAAAAAUGUCAAAUACAAGUUUAGUUCUCACAAGAUAAUGUCUUAAUUUUGUACUAAUUCAGGUAGAAGCAGAGGCCUUGUUUGAAAUAAAGGUUAUGUCCAGUUUUCCACAUAUUGAAGAAAAUGUUAGCAACUUUGGAAAAUGGCACUACUAUGUCUUCUAAGAGAGUGUUUGAGGAAAAAAAAACCAAAAAUCUUAAAUGAUCUGAUGCUUUUUAAAAAAGAAAAUUGAAAAGAUAAAUUUCUUUUUCCUUGGAUUAGAACUAGAGAGAAGACCCCAAGCCUCUGGUUUAUUCUAAUUAUUACUGCUUCAAGUAUGAGUAUGUCAUUUACCCAUGCUUCUGUUUACUAUGUAUUAAAAUGGGUAGUACUGUUUACUUAACUACCUCACGGAUAUGUUAAAGCAUAUUAAGUUAAAUUUCAUGAAAUGUUUCUCAGUCUCAUUAAAAGCUCAACAUUGGGCCUAUUUAUAACGUGUGAUAUGGAGCAUCUUAUUCACACCAUACUUUGAAAAUUAAACUGGAAAAAUAAAGGUUAAGUACCUCUUUUCUUGAUCUGGGCAGGCAACACUCUUUCAGAUCUUUGUGUGGCUCCUAUUUUUACAGAAGUGGAUGGAUGAACUAUUUUAAAGGUCCAAAGAUUUUUUUUUUUUAAAGGUAUUUUUGAUGACCAUAAGUACUAUAGGGAUGAUGGGACUAAAAUUGAAGGCCCUUUUUUUUGUGGGGGGUGAAAAAUGCCAUUAAAUUUGAGACUGUAGAGCCACAUUUAAAAUACCUCAGGCUAAUUACUGUUAAUUUUGGGGAAUGAACUUUUUUUGAUAGGGUGGACAGAUUGAAUUGGGUUGUGGUUAGAGGAAGUCUAGAGUUCCUAGGUUACAUUGAAUUCAUUUUUAGAGGUUAUCAUAGAGCUUCCUUUCUGAAAUGUUAGUGUUAAGGUCUUGGAUUGUGAGCACAUUGUUAUUUGUGUAGUGCUAUAUUUACUGCUCUCCUGAGAUUUUAACUUACUACUGGAAAUCCUUAACCAAUUAAAAUAGUAUUUUCCUUUUUAUUUUCAAGAUGAUUUUGGUUGCUUUGAUUAGACAUUCUGCGCUGAUUUUUAUUUUUUUGUAACCACAGCUCAUCUAACUGCAGCCUUUUCUGAAUUCUAAGGUUUUUUAUCUAAAGAUAGAAUCCCAUUUUUAAUGAACUUAAAGAAGGAGCAAAAUCUUUUUUUCCCCCAUUCCUUUAGGAAAUAGCUGUUGCCAAAGUGAAGAGGUAGAUAAUAUUGAGUCUUGUUAUAAAGGGAUGUGGUUUGUGGAGGAAUUUUAUAAGAUUGGAGUUUCAAGGGAUGUCAGUGUUUAUGCCAUUUUUCUAGUUCCAAAAUGCUUCCAUUCCAUUCUAGCAAUUUGAAGUAUGUAAUUUGAAAUCCUAAUAAAAUUUUGGAUUUAAUUUUAUAAAAUGUA